CGACCAUUUCAACACAAAUAUGUAUUUAACCAUGAGUUCAGUGCUACUGCUUUACGUUUGCUUCGCGGUUGAGACGACCUUGGGCUUGGCGGCAGAAAACGGUUACGUCAUGGUUGAGCCAUGUAAAGAUCCAUCGAGCGUCAUUUCUGCGUGUUCGGGUUCGUUAGGCUAUAAGAUACCAGAUUUCAGCAACUACUACCCAAGCAUCCCCGACCUUUCAGAAACCUGGAAAAUAAUACUUUCGGUGAUAAGUGAUUUUCAUUCCGGGAGUGAGAAAUGCAGUAAGGACGUGACAAAAUUAUUUUGUAAAGCAGCGUACCCAUUUCGUUGUAAAGACCCAUAUGUCGAGGUUGAUGGCAAGGAGAUAGCAGCUACGUGCGACGAAGCCAAGAAGAACUGUUCUAGUUCUGGUUCUGACCUGAUUCUUCGGGAUUCGUUGUUAAAUUGCUCUCGUUACGCGAAUAUUUUUGACCUGCCGCACAAAUUCCUGCUAAAGUUGACUUGCAAUGUUUUCCCUGUUGUCAAAAAUGACACUUAUUCUUGCGAGGAUAACUACAAGGUGGGUUAAAAUUGUUUUUCAUAAGAUUAGACAGUACAAAUUUAUAACAUAAUGUCUAAUGACAGAACCCAGAAAUGAUUUCAAAGCCGAUGUCGAAAUAAACCUUUGUACAGAGCCUGAAGUAACUGAGAAAUAACUAAUAGUUAACAAGUAUUCACCCGAGUAGAAGUUAAUAUCCUUAUAUACUGUUUACCGGCACUGACAGAGUUAGCAGUUCAUAUUGUACAAAAAAGACUAAAAUGGUUUCAAAUUCAACAAAAAAUCAUUGUGUUAUAUGCCGGGCACUGCAAGUCUGUAUUCACAACACAAGAUUGAGCCUCGCAUGGUUUAAAUGGGCUAGAAGGGCUAUGGCUACAAAAACAGUUUUUUAAAGUGUCCCUGUCACAAAAUGAGAGUUUAUAUUUUCGAAAUCUACGAUACAAAAUAUAUGGAAAUUCGAAAACAGAAUCGAAAUUUCUUUUUUAGUGUAAAAGUUAUUGCCGUUUAAACAUUGAAUUCGGCCUUGUGAAAAAUUUGAAAACCGCGCAAAAGAGACUGGGACGAAACAAUGCGUGCGAUGUAAUAGCAGGAAUUCGUCUAGCUCACUAAUAUUGACAUACUAUUGCAUGUACCAUCAUAUAGAGGAGGCAAUAGCGCAAAAAAAAGUCACGAAAAUGAAAAAUUGCCGAAUAGAUGUGUAGUAGGCGGUUGUUCUAAUAUCACAGAUACAGAGAAAGACAUUUCACUUCAUUUUAUACCUGUAAGACCACGGUUACUACCGACGAAAUUGGUUUCGUUGCAAUUCCAGAAUAUACAAAUACUUGUCGACGACAAACCUUUUGUCUGCGCGAGCCAAGAGAAUGGAAUAUGUAUAAUAGCUACUCUAAUUUCGUUUAUCAUGCACUUGUUUGAAUAUGGUGCAAUUUUUAUUCCAAAUUCGUUAUUUAAAUAGGUUAUAAAAGAAGCUGCUUCGAUGCAGUCAACCGAUGUGGUCAUAGUCACGAAACUCGAAAGCGCGAUAAAUAUAAAUGAGCCACAGUUAAUGGGUUCACCAGAAACAUAAAAUGUCGCGACAAUAUAUGAGUGAAUAUGGUCAAAAUAUAACGGAUGAAAGCCAAUUACUUACGUCUAAAAGCAAUGUGUACUAGCUGUUUGUAUCAGUUAGAUUAGACAGGUAAAAUAGAAUUGUAGAAGUAAAUUUGACGCAGUAAAUUAUACAUACACUCGUUGUGUUUGCACCGCAGUGAAAACCCGUACAAUAUGCAAAUUUGGAACAAAUUGUGGCAUAUACCUGAUACACUGGGGUGUGUAUAAAAAAGUAUAAUGAAAUAACGUUUGCUAGUAUAAGGCAGUUCCUUAUACUUUACUGUAUUUUACUAAUGUAAAUAAAGCAUAAUGGUACGUGUUCUUUCCUAGUAACUUACAAUCCUCUUUAAAGGCACAGUUCAGCCUUUUGAAUGAUGGUUUUUAAGGCGAAUUUCAGCCCUUUUAAUUGAAAAAACUAACUAGGAAAUCAAUUAUACAUAAUUCAAGAUCAGUAAACUCAAUGAUUUUAACAAUAAAAAUGUUUAAAAUGUUAAAAACAUUAAUUAUGCUUUAUUAUAUACAUGACAAAAUUACUACAAUCUGAUUGGUUAAGAGGAGUGCAAUUAUUUCGUUAAUUGCACUCUCCAGGAGUGCAAUUAAUGAUUUUCGUGAUGGCUGGGGGGAGCGGGAAAUCAAAACAACAAAAUCCAAUAUGGCGGCGAAAUUUAGAUAAGUAUUUCUAACAAAUGUGGACGAAUUUAACUGAAUUUUGGCACAAGAGUGAGCUUAAGAAACAUUGUAUGGCAAAAAGAGCCUGUUGAAAAUACCUGGAAACAGUCUUAAGAAAUAAUCUUGGCGGGAUGCAGCGAAACGUGACUAUGUAAGUUUGAAAUACAAUUUAUAAAGAUUUUUUUUAAGAUAGUUUAAGUUAUGUGCCUUUAUGAGUUUAUAAUCAUUUCCCAAGUUUGUUUAUACCAAAUUCCUUACAAAAGAAUUAAAAACUCUUGACAAAAUGCAGUUGAAAUAUAAAGAAAGCGAUUUUGUCAUGCAUAUAAUAAAUAAAUAAUCACACGGGCAAGUCGUGCAAUUAAUGAUUAACACUACUCGUGAUAUUUGAAAAAUGUGCUAAAUUGCACUCGCCUCGGCGGCUCGUGCAAUUUUGGCACAUUUUUCAAAUAUCACUCGUAGUGUUAAUCAUUAAUUGCACUCCUUCCCGUGUGAUUACCUAUACUAAUUGAUUUUCCUAGGUAGUUUUUUCAAUUAAAAGGGCUGAAAUGCGCAUUAAAUAUCAUCAUUCAAAAGGCUGAACUGUGCCUUUAACAACAAAUAUUAUAAUACGUCCGAUAUUAGCAUAAUUAAAUAUUACAUAAAUAAAUAUACAUUACGUCACUGUUCGCAACAAACAGUAUGAGACGCCAUAUUGUAUUACGGUGAUCGCUAGAUAGUAUACUUCAAAAUAAGGUUUCCGUUUUUAUAACGUAGAAAAAAACUAUCCUAACGCAAAACUAAGCCCUAACCCUAAUACUAACCCUCACCCUAACCCUAACCUAACCCUAACCUAAACCCUAACCUAACCCUAACUUAUUUUAAUUAUUUUAAAAAUUGAUAUAAAAACGGAAACCUUAUUUUGAAGUAUACUAUCUAGCAAUUGCCAUUGUAUUACAGUUGAUUUCACGAAACUUUGGCCACGCCAAUUGCGAGGUUGGUUGGGAAUUUGGGAACUAUAAAGACCUAUAAACACGAGAUCAUCAAGUUGAUUGGAAACCGGCCAAUCAAAUUCGGAAGUUUGCAUCAAAUCAUCGAAAUUCGAUAUGAAAUUCCGAACCAAGUUCGUAAGCAGUUCGCAAAUUGCAAACGAUUUUGGCGGUAAAUUUUCAAAACUAAACUUAUUGUAUUAAACUUAUUCAUUUGAUAAUAAAUAAUAUCAUCAUAAUAAUAAUUUCAGGUAAAGUGCCUAUGCAACGAAAUUUUCACCUCAUUUUUUAUUGUUUUUCUAAAAAGUACUGCUGGAGUGAUGAAGAAUGACGUUUACAGUUUCGUCAUAUCUCAUCUCAUUCUCAAGUUAUCGCACUUUCUAUAUUUUGAGUUGUGACGUCACAAGUACGAGUUGAGAUAAUCGCAAUAAUAAGAAAGUAUGAUAUCUUGGUGAGUAUUUAAUAAAAUUCAGUGAAACUUGGUACACUUAGUGGGUGCAACAAAGUCAACAAUUUGGCUUGUUUAUAUGGUUGUUAUGGCAACACACUCGUCCCCAGUCCCUUCUCUUCCAAUUUCUAUAUGAUCCAUUUCCAACGAAAUAAAUAGCAAUUUCCGCUUAUUACUAUAAUACGUGUAGGUAUUGUGAUCAGUUUAAACCGUUAUAAUAUGUAAACAUCCUCUGCAAGAGGUCUACGGGAGGAAAGUUGUGAAAGGAAGAGAAGAGACUGGGGACUAGUGUGUUGCCAUGACAACCACAUGACCUACCAAAAAUAUUCAUAUGCAAAAACUGCCAGGGCCACCGCAUAAAUGUUGUGUUAUAAGCCAUAUCGUAAAUUCGGACUACCAAAUUCCAUACCAAAAUAUGGAAUUCCAUAAUAAAAGUGAUGGGAGGGGGGAUUUUCAGCUUACACGAAAUUUUUUUCGGCCGUCUGCUUGUACUGGAAUAUUUUUGUGGAAUUUUAAAGGAAUUUUUGUUUGCUUUCCCUCUUUGCACGAAUUUUUUUCCUUUACGAGAUUUUUUGUUCCCCCCCGCGCGCAUCACUUUUCGAAUGGUCCGCCCCUAAAGGCCUAAUUCCACGACUAGCGAAAUGAGAAAUAUUUCGCGCGAAAACACACUUGUGCGAAAAUUUUCUCUCGUAGUGAUUUUCACAGUAGAGAAAAAAUUCGCCAAAACACAAGCAUUUGAUUGGUUUCGCUAUUUUGUCAUCCAUAACACAAGCAUUUGAUUGGUUUCGCUAUUUCCAUUUCGCAACGGAGUAGAAACCAAUUCAACUACCCGGCGAAGAGAAAUAUUUCGCUGAGAAACAUUCUAAAAUCAUGUUGCGCAUGCGUUCAACCUUUUCGCGCGAAAUUUUUCGCAUUUCGCUCGUCGUGGAAUUAGGCCUUAAGAGGAAUUUGGUAAUUUAGAAAUUAUCAGGAAAUAUUUAUGCGGGAAAUUUCUUUUAGUGAGAUCUGACCGAACGAGUUUAUCCUUUUCUUAACAGGAGAUUAUCGCGGGAAGCGCAGGGCGUUAUUUUGAGCACGUGAUUUCACAUAUUUGGUGUUUAGGCGUGGCCAUUCAAAGUACAAAAACAACAAGAAUGUGACAAUCUCUCUCUUUUUGCGCUUGUUCGUCAACGAGUAAGGUAGUGCAUAAAACAGUGUCAAAAAUGUUCGCUACGAGUGCCAUACUUCAACAUAUAGUACUCUUGUUCACCGUGGGACAGGUGUUGUCCCAAAACAACGGCUAUAUCAAGGAAAGUUAUCCAUAUAUACCUUGCGUUGAUGAACAGGGCGAUUGUAGUUCAAAAAUCGGCCAUAAAGUUCCGGAUUGGUGAGAAGUUAAAAACGAUGAGUGGAACGAGCUGGAUAUCAAGCAAGAAGAUACUGUAAUAGAUCUUCAAUCUAUCACAAACGGUCUUUUGAGCUUAGCAAGCGGUAGCAAACAGUGUAAGAGCAUUGGAUUGAACUAUUUCUGCGCUUCGACCUUCAAAUAUCGCUGUGCCGAUGAUACGGACUACAUAGACAUAGACACGGAUGGCCUGAAAUCAAAAUGUGAAGAAGCUAAAAAGAACUGUAAAACUCAGGCCACACCAGGUUUCAGAGACUUUGGAGGAAGGCCUACACCAGGUUUCAGAAACUUUGGAGGAAGGCCCACACCAGGUUUCGGAGGAAGGCCCAGCUUUCCCGAUAUGAAAAGUUUCGAUUCUUUGACUUCUUUGUUCAAAUGCAGUAUUGUUCGUAUCCGUCGAAUAAAGAGGAGAAUAACAUGCAGCGACUUUCCGGCAACAAUCGCCAACGAUUCGUUUAUAUGUCGACGAAAUUACAAGGUAGAAAUUCAUACAGCGUAACAUGUAGUGUAAAUUUUAUACAUUUAUUAGACUUACCCAGGAGCAAUUGCGAAAAAUACAACUAUAGGCCUUCUCACCUUCUGGCAGGAAUUGAACCUAGUUUGUUACUAUAUGUAAGCAAGCGUGACAUAGUACUGUUUUGUUUGUUGUCUGUCAGUUUUAAUCAAACGACUUUUUAUUCUACAUGCAGUUCAUAAUUUACGUAUCGGUUUUAAUAUCGUUGUUGCCAAUACUAAAAUAUUUUGAAAUCGGUGUCUCGCGCUACAAAUUUUGCAUGUGAAUUUCUGUUAUAUCUUUUUCAAUUUUUGUGUUUAUCCGAUCAAUAUAAUUUUUAUUUGGUCUACAAACUUUAUUUGUGUUACUUUAACGUUGGAGAUUGUGUUAAGGUUUUCGCUAGAGUACAUUCCAAUUUCCAAAGUUUCCAAAUAUGUUUAUUACUGUGGAUUUUGACAAUUAUUGCACUUUUUUAUUUAAUAAUCGUCGCGACCUCAACCGCUACAAAACAUAUUUCUCAAAUACUAAAAGGUUGAUUUUUGAUGCAGUGUAGUUUUUGAUGCAUAGUUAUUCUUUUGAACUCUGCGGUUUUCAAGUCAUAUUGAUGUAUAAUUUCUCACAUUUUAUUCAAUAUUUGUACAGUUAUAAUAUUUUGUACAAGGUAUUAUAUUUAUAGCUUGUUACUAUAUUUAGAACGUGAUGCUGUUUUUGUAAUUUGCGCUUAGGGACGGACCAUUAUUUUUUUGUAGGGGAUGGACAUUUCGUCAACGCAAACAAUUUUUUUUGGUGUUGUCGUUGCAAACAAUUUUUUUGCGCCUGCUUCCUUCUGCAAACAAUUUAUUUUGUCCAUCUGAUCGCUGUGGAUUUCAUUAUAAAUUGAUAUAUAUAUAUAGUUUAAUUUGUGCCCGAUUACACUAUUGCAUGUGUGAUCAAACAAAAUGUGGUGUUGUCAGAAGAAUAAAUUUAAUAUGUAAACAGACAUUUAAUAGUUUUUUUAGGGUAUACUGGUCAGGGCCUUUUUAAGUAUUUUCCUGUGGGGGAGGGGGGCAUUUUUUGAAAAGGGAUCUUCUGUGAGAUAAUAUAUUAGAAGGGGAUAGGAAUGGCUGAAGGCCACAGGGUAUAGGGGCGUAUUCCCCCAGAAAAUGUUUGAAUUUUGAAGCCCAGAAAUACCAUUUCCUGCAUUCUGAGCAUUUAAAUUUGCUCUAAAAUUUAUGCUAAGUAUACUUGUUUUUGAAAUAAAAGAAGGAAAAAACGCACACAAAAUUAUUAACAAUAAUUUAUCAUUACUUAGUGGUAGAAAAUCAUAACAAUUUAAAUCGAUUUUGUUAAACAAGGACAAAGGACAAAGCCUAAAAGGGACUUUUCCUGGGAGGGGAUGUGAUUUUGUGGGGGGCAUGUGGGAACAUUAGCCACCGCCCCCCCGGCUUGUAUGUUAAAAAAAGGCCUCGAUACUGGUCCUCUCAUUAUUUACGCCACACAAUGUCUUACACCAGUACUUGUCCAAUUACCUAUUUUAUACAGAAAAAAAUAACCCCCAAAAUGACUGUAUUCAAUAGAUUAAUAUUUAUAACCCAUAUGUAGAUUGUGGCAUAUGCCCAGCGUCUCCCAUCCCAGGGCUUUUGGGGUGAAGACCCUGGGUAUGUCGGUGAGCGCUCUGUUCAUUGUAUUGAACUUUAGUUGAUGUUGCAUAAUCUCAUUAGCUUGAAAACUAUUUUUUCCUCUUCUUUAUGUGUGCAAACAAUUUAUUUGCAAUGUUUUGUCUUUGCAAACAAUUUUUUUAAGAAUUUUCCAUCCCUCCCUCCAAAAAAAUAAUGGUCCGUCCCUUAGAGGGUGUUCGCAUGAGCGCAAGAUGUAAUAUGUAAGGGCUACGGGUUUUUACCUCGUGUUUACACAGAAAAAAUAAAUUCCCUUUGCAAACAAAAAUGAUUUAAAAUGACUUCCCUUCAACCAUUUAUACGAAGUCCAAAAUUACAUUUUGCCGAGUAUAUAUUUUCGACUAAUCUAUAAUGAGUAUAAUAAACCAACAUUGCAACAUACAAUUAAAUUUCCAGUCAGUAUUCGGGAUUUCGACUAGGAGGGGACAGGUCUUAAUUCAUAUAAACACCCCAUCGGAAUUGAGAUUUGUCGGCUUGCCAUCUUUCGCAUAAUUUCAAACAUAAUUACCAGUCAUACUAAAUAUAACUAUACAAUAUCGCUGUAUAUACAGUUACAAAUAUUAUUGGAAUAUUUGUAAUAUAUGCUGAAGAGAGACGAUGUCGGAUGACGAUGACAUUUCCUUGUAUAAAAGCUACAAAAAAAUGCAGAAAUGGAGAUUUGACAUAGACUCUGUAAUUAUAAACAGUUCCUUUUCCUUUCGUAUUAACUUAAUCUUUAAUAAUCUUUAAUCUUAAUCGCAUUAAUCUUAAUCUUAUUUUACCCUUUAUUUGGUACAGCUUUUGAUUUGUAAUAACAUUAAUUUUUACAUGCAGAAAAAAUUUUCUAUGCAUGGCAAGUUCUAUGUUCAAGUUCUCGGUCUAUACAGGCAAGUUUUGCCACCCCAGUGUCCCCCAUUAUAUUCUGUUACACUAUAAUAUAUAGUUGUUUGUGAUGUUACUCUGAGUGUAUAUCCACACCGGGCAAGCUUGAAAAAUAUGCCUGACCACGGUGGGAAUCGAACCUACGACCUUUGGAAUACUAGCCCACACUAACAUGUAACAUUACAAACAUGUAUUCACCUGAGUACAUUACACCAACACAGAAAAUUCAAUAUAUAGUUAAUGCAUGCUUUAAAUAAAUGUGAUUGUAUGAUUCGUGGUCACAUCAAUUUAGAUAAAUGCAAUGUACCCCGCUGAGCAACAAGUGAAAAAUGAAUGUGUUAUCCAGUUUACGAAAAGAACCUGACAGGGAAGAAAAAACUAAGGGGAAAACAAGUUGUUUUGGGAGCAGACAUAAUUGCAUACUGCAUGUUUUCUUGCACUUCCAGUUCCGUGUAUAGGACCGAGAGGACCUGGGGAUGAAGAUGGUUUGUCGCCAUGACAAGCCUAAAUGAACUUAAAAGUCGUCAGUGUCGUGUAUUUGAGCAAAUGUUUGGAGCAAAUUUGGUCAUAAUGAAUUUCUCAAACUAGGAAUAAAAUAGACUGCCCACUCCUGCCCUCCUAAUCCACUGUUUCAACUCGCUGAAUACUCAUCCUAGGCAAGUCUUAAAAAUGUUAUUUUUGUAGGUAUAUGGUGGAAAUGUGGCACGGUUGAACCCGGCAGUGGCCAGGAUCGCAUCUGCUCAUAGGAUGUUGAAGAAUUCCAACAUAUCUGAUGCUGAAUGUGAAAAGAAUGUUGCUGACGCAGUGUGUAAAGUUUCAAUUCCUGCUUGUUCCAAAGAUCAGACCAAGGUCGUAUCCUUCCUCAGCAAGCAAGAUUGUCAUGAGAUCAUGGGAUG